CGCAAUUCUCAGCUCCAAAAAUUUUGAAAUGCUCCCGCGCUCUAUUUUCACACUCUUCAACAUCCUCCUCCUCCUCUUCUCUCCCUCCAUUUCUUGUUCCACAAAAAUGGGGAAGCAAAGCAAAGCCAAGAAGCAAGAACAUGUGGGAAAAGGAAAAGUAACGCCAGUUCAGAUCGCUUUCAUCGUCGAUCGGUAUCUGUCGGACAAUAAUUACAUCCAGACGCGCUCCAAUUUCCGAUCCGAAGCAUCGCAUCUAAUCGCCAAAUCACCCGUUCAAGAAGCUCCGAAGAGCUUGCUCAGUUUGGGGGCGAUUUUGGAUGAGUACAUCACAUUGAAGGAGCAGAAGGUGUUGGUAGAUCAAGAGCGUCUCCGAUUGGAACAGGAGAAAUUUCGUGUUCAGAAUUUGCUCAGUGGAAUGCAGGAGGCUAUGAAUGCUUAUAAUAGCACUGGAAGUAAUGUUAUUACCCCUCCCCCACCGCUGCCGCCGCCCUCUGCUUCGGCGGCUAUGACUCCUCAGGCUGAACUCGCCGUCGGGAGGCCUGCAGGCUAUUAUCCUAUGUACAACACUCCAGCUAUGAUGUCUACAUCCAGGCCGUCGAAUACUAGGAAAGUUAGCACACAUUUAUCCACUCCAAUCACAAAUCAAGUUCCAACCAAAAGAAAAGAAAUCAAAGAUAUCUCAGAUGGUGCUGGAGCUUCUAAGAGGACUCGUAGAAGUAGUACACAGUCUAAAGAUGGCAACUCAACAUCUGAAUCUGAGAAAGAAGGGGAUACUCUUGACUUGGAUUUCUCGAGUUUAGACACUCUUGGUUUGGAUUUCAACCUUUCGGACUUUCUGUUGGACUUUGAUAUUGGAGGUGACUUGGCUUCAUCUUCGAGGCAAGAGUUAGUUUCUUCACCGGAUACGUGUUCAGGGUCACCUCUUACCUCUGGAAACAUUGAAAUGGGUACUACACAAAUCACAUCAGAAUAUUCCUCAACGAUGGCAGGACUUAUAGGGGAUACAAAUAUGAACUUAGCUGCAGGUGCAGAUUCUGUUUCAGCUAUGCGAUCUGUCACCAAAUGUAUAACAAUAGUUAGCCCUGUCAAAAAUCAGAGAAUGAACUCUGCUCAGAGUAACUAUUUAAUAGGCCAUGAUUGACACUAGUAACCUCUUCAUCCCUAUAACACUGACAAGCUACAAGGGAUUACCGACAACAACAUUCACAUUUGUGGUCUAGAUUUGCUAGAAUUGAUUUAUAGUUAAUGCAUGAUGUAAAUGCACUAGUAUAAUUAUUCGUAGACGUAGUAUUCUAAUCGUGUUCAAACAUUGACGGUGUAUAGGAAAGAAGUUAAUCAACAAUGCAUGAAUGAAACA